UAUGCUAAUUACUGGAAAUAUAUCAGAAAUACCGUCUGUUUUAUUGUCGAAUUCUUAUAAAAAAGGACUUUUACACUAUAUCAUUGACGAUCCAAAUAGAGAUGACAUUUUUAAGAAACUGGAUAAAAUUGGCUUUGAAAAUAUUAAAAAUAUCAUUGUCAUGUGCAAUGAUGUUUGUAUUGAAAAUAUUUAUAAAAUGGCUCAUACAUAUGAGAAGAAUUUAUCAUCAUCUUAUCAUGGCUAUCUUAUUAUGAAAAUGAACUGGUUAUUUAUAAGUAAAAAUGAAGAGGCAUGGUGGCCUUUUAUUGAUAAAUUCGAAGAUGUUUAUAAAGGACUAUGUGUGGAUUUUAUUCAUUAUUUGUCAACUGUAAUGAACUUUACAUACAUAAUUCGAUAUCCGCAAGACGGACAAUGGGGAGCAUUCAAUUCAACUAAUGGCAAAUGGUCUGGACUUGCCGGACAACUUCAGCAUAAAGAAGUUGAUGUGGUGAUUGCGCCAUUUUCAAGAACCCUUGCUCGAGAUAAAAUUAUAGAUUUUACUGCAGAUUUUUAUGAAGAUUCUUUCUCAAUCAUCUACAAAAAAGACACUAAAAGUCUUGAUAAAUCAUUAUUAUUUAUUAAACCUUUCCGAACGAACGUAUGGUUAAUUUUCUUUUCUGUUAUACCGAUUAUAUCAACAGUUCUACUGCUAGUUGAUAUCGCUUGGUUUUCAUAUUCUUGCAAAAAGCUUAUUUUCUAUCAAUGGUUAAGUAAUAACAUGUCCGUUUUCGGAACUGCUAUGCUGCAAGCAAUUUUCACACUUCCUAGGACUGAAAGUGGGAGAAUUGUUAUAGGUUCUUGUUGGAUUUUUAUGAUCAUAAUGCGGACAACAUACAGUGGAAAUAUUGUAGCUUUUCUCACUGUUUCUAAGGAUACACCUCCUUUCCGUAAUCUAUACGAUUUGACACAGACAGACAGUUUUCUUUUAGGAACAUUAGGCGGAGCAGCAACUGUUACGGAGUGGAAUACGUCGAAUACUAAAUUUCAUAAAAGUGUCUGGGCAAAAGUUACAGAUAGCUUAGAAAAAAAUUCUAAAGUAUUAAGUAUAAAUUUUAAUGAACAUAUGGAUCUAGUUAAACAAGGAGGUUACGCUUUCUAUUUGGAUUCAACAAGUUUUGCCUUAGAAACAGCCAAAGAUUCAAGAUUAUCUACAGCAACUAAUAUGGAACCAUUUUACGCACAUUAUGCAGUUGCCUUGCCAAAACACUCGUUCUAUUCUGAAACUUUUAGAAAAUACACUGUCUUGGUUAAAGAAACUGGUCUAAUCAAGAAAUGGAAAAACAAAUGGUGGCCUGCUGAAUUAAAAAAUCCAGAAAUAACAAUAAAUAAACAAAUAAAGCCUGUUACACUAGUUAAUAUGCAAGGUGUCAUAUACGUUUGGGCAAGUUUAAUAGGCUGA